AUGUCAUCAAGUUCCAUGGUUGGUGAACUCAGCUCUCGUAUCACUUCAUCUUCCAAACAACAACAACGAACGAAUCAUGAAGAAUCGGAAACAAUUUUACCUCUCUCAAAAUCAUCUUCUCCGAUACCAUCCCAUUCACCAUCAUCAUCAUCACUCAUCCACAACAAGCACCACUCUCAAAAAGAUGCUUCUAAAAUUCAAGUAUUAUUUGCAAUAAUUUUCUUUAUUAUCACAUCGAUAUCUUCAUUAUUUUUCUCAAAAUAUUUAAUGGAUAUUGGAGAAUAUACAUUUCCAUUUCCAUUGACAAUGACUUGGUCUCAUUUACUAGUGGCACUGAUUUGCAUUCUUUGUACUUAUAGUCUCAAUAGAACCUUUUGUUUUAGCUUUUUACCAGAUUUUGAAUUUAAAAUAGAAACAGCAAUUCAAAUCAUGCCUGUUUCUCUUCUCUACGUAGGAAUGGUUACUUUCAAUAAUUUAUGUUUAGAUUAUUCAGACAUUCAUGUUUAUCAUACAGCAAGAAGUAUUAGCAUUUGUUUUACUGCACUUUUCACAUUUGUUCUUUUAGGUGAACACAUUUCAAAAAGAAUUAUUUUUGCUUGUUUUAUCAUUGCUAUUGGAUAUUUUAUGGCAGGAAUUAAGGAAACACAAUUAUCAAAAAUUAAUCUUGUUGGAUUUGCAUUUGGAUUAGUAUCGAGCUGUUUUAUGGCUUUAUACUCUAUCUAUUUGAAAAAGAUCAUGUCAUCUACUCAGAAGAACCAUUGGAUUAUUUUAAUUUAUAACACCAUUGGAGCUAUUUUAUUUUUAUUUCCAAUUUGUGUCAUGACAGGAGAAUUUGAGAAGGCAUCAGCUGUUCCAUUCUUGUUUGAACCUAAAUUCUUAAUCAUUUUAAUUGGUACAGGUUUUGUGGCAUUCAUAGUCAACAUUUCGAAUUUUGUGCUCAUUUCGAGAACUUCCCCAUUGUCUACCUCAGUGAUUGUGACACUCAAAUCUGUGAUCGAAAGCGUGUUGUCUCUUUCUCUUCAUAGAAGUGAAGGUCACCAUCACUUUUUCUCCACUUACAGUAUUGCAUCAACACUAUUCACCUUGCUUGGCAGUUAUUUGUUCACUCUUUUCAAAUUGCAAGACGAGAGGAAAAGGAAUGAAGAAUCACUCCUUGAAUAA